GCUGCUUGAAUAGUACGGCCUUCUUUAAUAGAUAAAUUGCGUAUGGCCACCGUAGCUAAUUAAUUUUGACCAUUUGGCACGUUUCCUAUUGUUUUUGUCAAUUUUCCCCCCACGUCGUUUGUAGUAUACCCAUUUUAAGUUUUGGCGUCAAUACUAGGCUAUACCUAUAUUUUACAAAACUAAUCGAGCACAGUUAAUAGGACGUUAGUCGGUGCUUGGGUUGAAUGUCGUGGGAGAUUAGAGUAUAAUAAAGAUAAUAAAGAACCUUUCAUUGAGGACGACUUCCCUUCGUUGUGCAGCUUCUUUCGUUCUGUUGAAGGUCGUCCUGGUCACUGACUUCCCAGGAGCCUGGACCUGGAGGGCAUAAGUAAAUGGAAGGGACAGCGAUCAUGACUACAGGAGGUGGAGGAUCUGGAAAUAACGAUGCUUCCCCAAAGAAGAAGGGGUGGCCAAAAGGACGCAAACGCAGACUCCUUCCCAAGGACUCUAAUGCCCCAAAAGGACCAUUAUCAGGUUACAUGCUUUUUAUGAGUGAUCAGAGAGAAAUAUUGCGUCAAACAAAUGCGGGAUUGGCGUUCCAUGAAAUCACUAAACUUGUAGCUCAGAAAUGGUCCCAGCUUGAUACUAGUGAGAAGACUAAAUACCUGGAAGCAGCUGAAGCAGAUAAAGAAAGAUAUCAGAAGGAGCUUGAAGAAUAUCAGAAGACUGAUGCUUAUAAGAAUUUUAUGCAGAAGCAGAAUCAAGAUGAUUCACCAACUCCUCCAAAAAAGCCUAGGAAGGAAGUUGUGGAAGAGAGAAAAGAAGAGGAGGAAGAGGAGGUAGCACCAACGCCUUCUUCAUUAGAGAUCCCAAUCUUCACUGAGGAGUUUUUGAACCACAAUAAAAUUCGGGAAGCAGAGCUGAGACAGCUACGGAAGUCAAACACAGAUUAUGAAGAGCAGAAUGCCAUAUUACAAAAGCAUAUUGAAAGUAUGAAAUCAACAGUAGACAAACUGGAAUCGGAGACAAGUCAGCAGCGCAGUAAUAAUGCAGCCCUACAGCAACAUAUUGAGACUCUAAGAAAGACACUGGCUAAAGCAUUUGGAAGUUUACCUCUUCCGGGCACACAGGAAACCCCCACAGAAGAAAGCAUUGAUAGCUACAUGGUGCAGCUUCAUUCUGUUAUUGUUAAUAAUCCUCAACAACAUCAGUCUCUCAUCCAAACUGUUCGGGGUAUUGUUAGUCAAUUAGCUUUGACAUGAUCUGAAGUAUUUACUCAGUACCAGGGGAUCAAUUUGGAAAGAAUGAUGGUUUUUCUUUUUGUAUCUCAAAAAAUCAUCUUCACCUUCCAAGUUUGCUUUCUUGUUCAUAUUGUACCUGAACUAUUAAGUGCUCCAUCAGAGUAUCUAUAAUUAAUUUCUGCAUAUGCUGUAAAAGAAAUUAGGCUAUAGAAAUGAAAACUUUAUUCUUUGGAGAAGAUUAGCAUCACUAACACCAUAAUCAGUGACACCACAAUGGUCAUAAUUCAUGUUUUGUCAUUUGGCUAUACCUUAUAUUUUGUGACUCUUCUGCAGAUAUCUUUGAUUAAGUUUCAGUUGGGUUAUUUGGUUUUUCUGUGUUGUCCUUCUUAUGUAGGUAUGUCUUUCUCUUUUGUGUUAGUUAGUGAUUACCUUUUUUUUUAGAAUAACCUUUUUUAAGGAAUUAGUAGACCCUCUAUUUUAUUUUUUUUAUAUUCCAUGUGAGGUACCUCCAAGGUUUAGUUAAUAACCAGAUGAUUAGUACUUUAAUCCCUUAUUAUUAUGUUCAAAUACUACCUUCCAUUUCUUCCCAUGUAGUUUUAAGUUUUGGUUUUGCCUUUAUUGGUAGUGUGGAUAUAGAUUCAGAUCUGGUGAGGUAAAACUUCAGCUUUGUGUAUUUUUCUCUACUGGCCAUGGUUUAUCAUUGAUAAUAUCCAAGCUUAAACCUAAAUCUUAAGAAGGCCAUAUUGUGGCUUCUUUUGUCCCCACUUGGCAAACAUUUUUGGUCUCUCCAUGGAACCUAAUAGAACAUUAUUUUUUAGUAUGAUUAAUCCAUGUGAAUCACUGGUUUUAUUUGUUUUCGAGUACUACUGUAUUAUUUUAUGUUAAGAGAAAAAGUUUGAUUUUAAAGAAGAAAAUUUUGUUUAAUGCAAACAAAUCCACAGCCACCAGUCAGAUUCAGAACACACUUUUUUGGUUAUUUCAUUAACCAUUAUGUAUCAAUGAUAAUGUUUUGGGACCAUAACAUUGUGCUAGCCAAGAAACAUUGUAUGGCCAGCCAGCCAAGAAACGUUGUAAGCCCAGAGAAAGGUGAAAUAAACUCCAAUUUUAAUUGUGUAAGCAAGCACUAAUGGGGGCUGUGUUAAGGGUAUCCUGGGGUUUUAUAGGUUUGGUAAAUAAAAAUAUCAAGUAAAAAGGACAAGCAGAUAUGCAAUUCUUCCUUAAAUGGAAUAAAAAAUGUUAGUGCCAAAAUUGACAUUGUGUUAUCUAGUAUUGCAAGAGAUAAAAUUCAAGAAGAGAAAGUAGUUUAUGCAAAACAAGAGCUCUCCUAGUCUCAUGGAGUUCUUUGAAGAGAUUUUGUUUGUUGAAUGAAUAAAGAAUCAGGGAACUGAUCAAGGAGUUAUAACAGCACUACCUAAAAAACCAGUCAUACUGAAAGACUGUCCUUACUGUUUGAGUACUAGUUACUACAGAGGUUACAUUCUUGUAUCCUUUUGGGGUAAUACAUGAUGCAAAACCAUCAGACUAUCCUUUUGGAAAUCAUAAGUUCUGUUGUAUCCAGAGUUCAUUUUCUACUGUACUGCUCUUUACUUUUAAAUAAGAAUGUUACUUUUAAAGUGUUACUUAAAUUUGAAGAUUUUAGAAUUUGUCACUCCAAUCCCAAUCCAGUUUCCUUGUCCCAUGAGACACUGGUAUAGUAUUUUAUUAUUUUGUUUUUCUGACAUUUAAAAGUUAAUAUUCCAUUUCAAAAUUUUCAUGUAUCCCCAUUUUACAAUUGAGGUCAAUUGUAUCUACAUUUACUUCUGUAUGGUGUUCCUUAAAAUCUCUGUGCAACAUAGCCUUGGCAUAGUGGUGAUCUCCAAUAGUAACUCCUAUUUAUUGAUCAUGUCUUUUAGAAAGAAAACAUUACUUACCUGGAUAUUGAAGAUUCUGGGUGCGUGAUGAACGUGAUAUUCAUUAUCUAAUGGGAAGUUAGUUGUUGUAUCAGUCAGCAGUUUUGAUAGAGGUAGGUCAGUAAUAGUUUUUUAUUACACAUAUUUUGAUUAUUAUGACCAUCAGGGAGGUAAAUACUAAUCGUAGAGUUUCUGUAAAUAAUAAUUGAAAUUGAAGAAAUUACAAUAAUCCAAAUGCUGUAUCAGUUGAAGCCACAGUGCACAUAAUGCAUUGAGGAACAAGUGUUCAACUCAUGAAAGUUUUGCAGCCUUUUUUUAAGCACUGUAGUAUAUUUUUUCCAAAAAUUUUCUCAUCAAAAUUGUGUUGUUUCUCCAAGGUUAGGUCAUUUUUAUCUUUAUCCAUUUCUGUAUGGGGUGCUGUUUCCUAUCAGCCUUCUCCACCUUCCUUUUUCCAGUGUAUUAUGCCUUCUCAAACCUUUCUCCCACAUGUCAUUCAAUGUUUUAUCUUCCAUAUGAACCUUGGGCUACCCCUUCAUUACUCCUCUCCAUGUCCAUGCUCAUAACCAUUUUACACACCGAUGACCUCUUUGCAUAACAUGACCAUAUCUUCUUUGAUACUUACUGUACCUUAAGUGCUCCUCUAAAAAAUUCAGUUUUUAUCUUAUCUUUUAUGACUCCACACAUCUAUCUCAACAGCCUUAUCUCUGUCACAUCCAUUGGCCAUGUCCAUACUUCAUAAAUCAUCGUUGGCGAGGUCAGAGCAACUUCAACAUUAGGAAAUAAGUUAAUUGUUUAUCAUGAAAAUUCUAGCCAAAACAGUGUUCAGUUUUGUGUACUUUAGAAGGGCAUUUUCCAGACAACAACUUUGCACAUAACUAAUUUAGUUUCAUACUUGAUGAAGAGGUUUCAGUUAUCCAAUAAUUUUUCACAGUUCUGUUGAUAUUGCAGUAAUUGAAUACUGAACCUAUUCAGUUACUAAGAUUGGUAUGUCUGUAAAAUGAUGCUCUCAUUAGUACAGAUUUUUUUGUAAUGCUGGUUGAGGUCAUACUUGAAUGCAUUUUAUAUACCUAUGAUGGGAGAAAUACUACCAAAUUGGAUUAUGGUUUUCCUGAUUAAAUUAAAAAGAUUUUUAUAUGUUAUGUAAGCACAGUUUAGUAUAAUUUAAAAUUGAGCGCAUGGCUCUAGUAUGGAUUGCUCACGAGUGUGACUUUUGAUUGUAGCUUACUGUGAUGAGUUUUACUCUAAGAAAGUACCAAGUGCCUGGGAUAUACUCAGACAACUAGGUUUUUGAACUCAUCAUUUUUCACUUUGCUCUUGAUAUAGUUAUUCAUGGUUAGGUUGUUAUAUCUUCCACUAACCUUAUUACCUUUUUGUAUAGGACUUGAAAAUUCACAUGUUCAUAGCCAGACCUAGCAAUUAGAUGAGGAAUUUUUAUCAGAAUUAAUGUUUUGACUAGGUAGUGUGUUCGGUCUGUUCAACUCUCUGAGUUCUGAAGGUAAUGCAUCACAGGUCAUAGUAGUAGAUUUUUAUCAUGUUCCUUCAGCAAUGAGUUGUACUCUGAAGAAGGAAGCACACAGUUUCUAUUAACAUGGUAUUUCUCAGGGCAAAUAUGAUUUAGUUCUUUGGCUUUUCUCAUCAGUACUUUAGUGUUUGAAAUGAAUAGCUUAAACCAAAUUUAUAUAAGAGAAAAAGUUACUUUAGUUUUUGCAGUUAUAGAUCCAGUGGCAUUGGUAAUGAACAGAAGACAAAUAAAAUUUCUUCUCCAGUGA